AACUUGACAGAUCUGUGUAACAGAAGCAAACACUCUCUCCAAUCUGUUACAGGAUCAAUCGAUCUAAUAUAACAGAUUCUCUGGACUAUCGGAAAACCACAAAAAAUGGUGAAGAUAUGCUGCAUUGGAGCCGGAUAUGUCGGGGGUCCCACCAUGGCUGUCAUAGCACUCAAGUGCCCGAACGUUCAAGUGGCCGUGGUCGAUAUUUCUGUACCUCGAAUCACAGCCUGGAAUAGCGACCAGCUCCCAAUCUACGAGCCAGGCCUCGACGAUGUUGUGAAGCAAUGCCGAGGCAAAAACCUCUUUUUCAGCACUGACGUGGAGAAACAUGUCUGUGAGGCCGAUAUAGUCUUUGUCUCGGUCAACACCCCCACCAAGACUCGAGGUCUCGGUGCCGGCAAAGCUGCCGAUCUCACGUACUGGGAAAGCGCUGCCCGUAUGAUUGCCGAUGUUUCAAAAUCGGACAAAAUUGUAGUCGAGAAGUCAACUGUACCGGUUAAAACCGCCGAAGCAAUCGAAAAGAUCCUGACCCAUAACAGCAAAGGAAUCAACUUUCAAAUUCUCUCAAACCCGGAAUUUCUUGCUGAAGGGACUGCAAUUGAAGACCUUUUUAAACCCGAUCGGGUUCUCAUCGGUGGACGGGAAACCCCGGGAGGGCAGAAAGCGAUCGAAGCUUUGAAAAGUAUUUACGCUCAAUGGGUUCCCGAAGAAAAUAUCAUCACAACCAAUUUAUGGUCUGCAGAGCUCUCGAAACUUGCUGCAAAUGCUUUCUUGGCUCAAAGAAUUUCUUCCGUUAAUGCAAUGUCGGCUCUCUGCGAGGCUACUGGUGCAAAUGUUAGCCAGGUGGCGUAUGCAGUCGGAAAAGACACGAGAAUCGGUCCAAAAUUCUUGAACGCGAGUGUCGGGUUUGGCGGAUCUUGUUUCCAGAAAGACAUCUUGAACCUCGUUUACAUCUGUGAAUGCAACGGCCUUCCCGAAGUGGCGGAAUACUGGAAACAAGUCAUCAAGAUCAACGACUACCAAAAAUCCCGUUUCGUUAACCGUGUUGUAGCUUCUAUGUUCAACACGGUUUCCAACAAAAAGAUCGCGAUUUUGGGAUUCGCGUUCAAGAAAGAUACUGGUGACACCCGAGAAACCCCAGCCAUCGACGUUUGCAAAGGCUUGUUGGGCGAUAAGGCGUGUGUGAGCAUCUACGAUCCACAAGUAACCGAAGAUCAGAUCCAACGUGACUUGACGUUGAACAAAUUCGACUGGGAUCAUCCUCUUCAUUUGCAGCCGUUAAGCCCGACCGGCGUGAAACAAGUGGCGGUCGUUUGGAAUGCUUACGAAGCCACCAAAGACGCACACGCCGUUUGCAUUUUAACCGAAUGGGACGAGUUUAAAACUCUCGAUUACCAGAAAAUAUACGACAAUAUGCAGAAACCUGCGUUCGUUUUUGAUGGACGGAACGUUGUGGAUACAGAGAAACUGAGGGAGAUCGGGUUUAUCGUUUACUCGAUCGGUAAGCCAUUGGAUGCUUGGCUUAAGGAUAUGCCUGCUGUUGCUUAAUCAAAAAGCCAAAAAAGUGUUAGUCAGGUAAAUUGGUUACUAUUUUUGGCUGGUAAUUUUACUUGAUUUUGUUUUCUAGUAGUUAACAAAAGAGUGUUGCUAUGUGUUUUUAAGAAGCUUUAUGUUUUAAGUUUUAAGUUUUAAGUUUUUAAGCUUUAUGUUCACAUUGUGUAAGAGACUCGUAUUAUUGAAUUCUUGGAUUUUAUAUAGUCUAAUCUUAGACCCAUUUUGAUAAAA